GGCAUUAUUGUUUCCAAAGCUGCAACGAAGGCGCUGUUUCUUGCAAGUGGAACGUGUUAUCGUGUGACGAGAAAGGCACGAAAUCGCGUUCCUUGCACAUAAAAAUCAGAUAUGAAUGUCGAUUGGAUCCCAGCUGUGUUUCUCCUGAGCCUCGGAUAUGUGUCCGGUUCAUCACCAUCGGACAUGUCACAUCCUGUCAAGGUGUCAUCGGGAAAUGGUACUUGUGACUUCUACGGUGUGGAUGCGGAAAGCAUGGUAAACGUCGUCUUGAACCGACUGCCCGUAGAGCACACUGUGCCCGACGAAGAAUCCCAUGAAAUUAUUCCCGGUGUAACGGUUGGAAAGUUCGCCGUGUACUCCGGCCUGAGUAAUCUGCGGCCCUUUGGACCAGUGCUGGCGUACUGCCGGGGUGACUCGAGGUUUCUCCAUGUUGUCCUGGAUGUGACCCGGGGCAACAUCAGGGUUACACUGCCGUGGCACACGUGCGAGGAUGCGCGUGGCGCCGUCGGCGCCUUUGCCCGGGGGAAGUUCGCCGUCACUUUUCAGGUGGUGAACGGAACGGGAUCCGAUGGAUUCAAUUUGGUUCUCCACAGCGGACCCUCACCGCUCUACGUGGACAGCGUGUACGCAUUCUUGGAGGGUGCCGGACCUUCUGUGGACAGUGCGUUCAAAGUACUGGGAAUAAUGUUUUCGGGCAUUGUUAAGGAAACUUGGCUCCACUACCUCACCCCGGUGCUUAAAGAGGUCUUCAAGAACGCCACUGCAUUGUAA